AUGGCUGCCGAGGGCGAUUUCAACCCAACCCCUGCCAGCGAGCCUCCUACCGUGGAGCACCUUAAUAUCAAAGUGACCGACAACAACAACGAGGUCUUCUUCAAGAUCAAGCGGUCGACGCAACUCAAAAAGCUCAUGGAUGCGUUCUGUGAACGCCAGGGGAAGCAGAUUUCCACCGUUCGGUUUUUGUUCGAUGGCACCCGUGUGCGCCCCGAAGACACGCCGGAUACCCUCGAGAUGGCCGACGGCGACACUCUGGAGGUGCACCAAGAACAGAUUGGUGGUUAA